AUGUGCCCUACACCCGACACGCCAGCCGUCAAUGGCCACACCAACGGGACCAACGGCACCUCCAACGGUGCCAAUGGCAAGACUGGAGACCAUCCCGGUUACACCGGUGUCCAGAAGGACAGCCCUUACAAGCCAGUCGGUGACUUCCUGAGCAAUGUCUCAAGAUUCAAGAUCAUCGAGUCCACUCUCCGUGAGGGCGAACAGUUUGCCAACGCCUUCUUCGACACCGAGACUAAGAUCAAGAUUGCCAAGGCUCUCGAUGACUUCGGCGUCGACUACAUCGAGCUGACGAGCCCUGCCGCUUCCGAACAAUCCCGUAGGGACUGCGAGGCUAUCUGCAAGCUCGGCCUCAAGGCCAAGAUCCUGACUCACGUGCGCUGCCACAUGGACGAUGCCCGCCUGGCCGUCGAGACUGGUGUCGAUGGUGUCGACGUUGUCAUCGGCACUUCCUCCUACCUGCGCGAGCACUCCCACGGCAAGGACAUGACCUACAUCAUCAACACUGCCGUCGAGGUUAUUCAGUUCGUCAAGUCGAAGGGUCUCGAGAUUCGUUUCUCUAGUGAGGAUUCGUUUCGCAGUGACCUUGUCGACCUCCUCUCUGUCUACAGCGCCGUAGACAAGGUCGGUGUGCACCGUGUUGGUAUCGCCGACACCGUUGGAUGCGCCAGCCCGCGCCAGGUCUACGAUCUCGUCAGGACCCUGAGAGGUGUCGUCAGCUGUGACAUUGAGACGCAUUUCCACAACGACACCGGUUGCGCCAUUGCGAACGCCUACUGCGCCCUAGAGGCCGGCGCGACGCACAUCGAUACCUCCGUCAUCGGUAUCGGUGAACGCAACGGCAUCACCCCUCUGGGUGGCCUCAUGGCAAGGAUGAUCGUCGCCGACCACGAGUACGUCACCAGCAAGUACAAGCUGCACAAGCUCAAGGCCCUGGAGGACCUCGUUGCCGAGAGCGUCGAAAUCAACAUCCCCUUCAACAACUACAUCACCGGCUUUUGCGCCUUCACCCACAAGGCUGGCAUCCACGCCAAGGCUAUUCUCAACAACCCCUCCACCUACGAAAUCAUCAACCCCGCCGAUUUUGGCAUGAGCCGCUACGUCCACUUCGCCUCUAGGCUCACCGGCUGGAAUGCCAUCAAGAGCCGUGUCGAGCAGCUCGGCCUCACCAUGACCGACGCUCAGGUCAAGGUUGUCACGCAGAAGAUCAAGGCGCUGGCUGAUGUGCGUCCCAUUGCUGUCGACGACGCCGACUCGAUCAUCCGAACCUUCCACCUUAACCUGACAACGGACGCCGAGAAGCCCCUGCUUCCCAACAUGACCGAGGAGGAGCGCAUCAAGUUUGAGCAGGCGGAGAAGGAGCUCGCUGCUGUGCCCGAGAAGAGGGCGCUCGACGAGUCGGCUGCUGCCGAGGCCGACGUGGCCGCCAAGAAGGUCAAGGUGUAA